GGUUUCUCUUUUCUUUAAAAACAUACCUUUAUUUACCACCACUAUUUCAAUUCUAUUACUAUCCUUCAUACUUAGUAUUGUCAUGAACAAAGAUACGUUGCAAUACAUUGCAUGAUACAGUAAAUUCUCAUGCGCGGUGUACCUUCAUUUCGUACUCCGCAGCCAUUUUGAGCAUUGCGACGAGUCCCAUUUCAACGGACAUCCGUCAUUUGGAACACUAUUGCCAAAAGAAAUGCAUCAUGCAUUCCAAGUUUCGACUGUCCUUGACAAGAUUGCUCGAAUAGAGUCCAUAUUUGCAUAUGGAGACAAGCUGUUAAUUGGAACAGGCACCGGACAACUACUGGUUUACGAAGUCAAAGAGCCUUUAGUCGCUGGCACAGAAGAACAGCCCGUCGUCACAUUGGUGGAUACACGAAAGAACUUUUCAAGACGACCAAUAGAUCAGAUAGACAUUAUCAAAGAGAUUGAAGUCCUUGUCACCCUAUCAGGUAUGUGGCACUCCUUCGUUGUCAAAGCGCCGUAGAGGAACUGUGCGUCUCAUAUCUCU